AUGUCAGGACCAAACAACCUCAUCGGGAAUUCUACCACUGCAGUAAAUACCGUCUCGGAUCCGCACAUCAACGGGCACCUAGUCUCUACUGGAAGCUACGAAGUCGACGGAGUAACGCGCCUCUAUAUCCACAAGUCAAGAAAAUGUAUCAGCAGCGACCACAUAUGCCAAGUCUUCUCAUAUGAUGCACAAACGUCGGGCAUCCUCGACAUGGAAGGCCCUUCGGCGGAUUUUACGGUUGAGGAACACGGAUGGUUUCGCGACGUCACGACAUUUGAGCAGAUUUGCAAUACUCAUCCCAUGCCCAACGAUCAAUCCCCUGAACAAAACUUCACCAACUGGCGAAGCAGUCUCUUGGUGCUUCUCGAUAGUCAUCACAGUGGUCCAGGUGGUGCAGGUGGCCAAUGGACCCGGGCCAACUAG